GCCUGCUUGAGACAGCGUCGUCGACUGGCUUAGCUUGUGGGGACUGUCAGAGCCGGCCCAGGGUCUGAGGCUUUCUUAUCAGCUCACAGCAGAAGUGAACAGCCCCGGGUUGAGGAAACUGUGGCUGGACAGGCAGCAGAGCAGUUUUGCUUCUCCCAUUCUGUCCCACCAAGUCCCUGUUGACUGACUGCUGAGCCUGUCAACAGCUUGAGCGCCUGAAGGGGACAGGGACCCAACUGCGGCCCUCUGUUCUGUGGGGAUGUUGGGGCAAGCUGUCCUGCUGGCAACCCUGCUCCUCCAGGGGCACGGGGGACAAGAAUGCCUAGAUAACACUGAAAUCGUGGUUGGCCUCUCCGGAAAACCUCUCCAUCUGUGGCCUACUAACCCACCCACAGGGAGCGAAUCUGUUCUAUGGAAAAAGCGACGGUCUUCACAUCCAGCACAUUAUGAAUGCCUGAGUUCAAAUUCUUUGGGUGAGAAAAAUUCAUCCUUGGCAUUGAGUAGAGCCAACAAUUUAGCUUUUCACAUCAAGGCAGCAACACCACAGGACAGUGGUUUCUAUGUCGUGGAGUUCACCAACAGUUUUGGAAAAGUUUGCACUAUAAACUUCGAGGUUUCUAUAUUUGAUCAUGUUGAGAAGCCCCGCCUGGAUGGGCAGGGGAAGGCCCUGGAGGAAGGGAAAUGUGAAGUGUCUCUGUCCUGCUUGGUCACCAGAGAUGACAAUGUGACCUACACUUGGUACAGAGGGAGCAAGUUGAUCUCGACGCAGAGGAACUUUACCUACCUGGAGGGGCGGACAGAUGCCAGCGGCCUGCGCGUGUACACCUGCAAUGUUAGCAACGCUGUCAGCUGGGCGAGCCACACCCUCAGCCUCACCCAGGCCUGUCUGAGUGUCUCUCUGAAAUCCAGAUUUCUGCCCUUUCUCGUGUCCAUCAUAAUUCUACUCAUAUUGUUUCUCGGCACCCUCGCUUGCUUCUGCAUGUGGAGGAAGAGGAAGCGGUCACAGACCAGCCCCAAGGAAAUCAUGACAGUAUAUGAAGAUGUCAAGAACAUACAAAUGAGGAAGAAUCAAACGCAGGAGCAGACGCAGGAGCAGACGCAGGAGCAGUCACCCCCCGGAGAGACAAGCACUAUCUACUCCAUGAUCCAGUGCCAGUCUCCUUCUACAUCACAAGACUCUGCAAAUACAUUAUAUUCAGUAGUCCAGUUUUCCAGGAAGUCUGUAUCCAAGAAGAAGAACCACAGUCCUGCCUUGAAUUGCACUGUGUAUGAAGAGGUUGGAAAGAGAAGCUCCAAAGCCCACAACCCUUCCAGACUGAGCCGCAGAGAACUGGAGAGCUUUGAUAUUUAUUCCUCACUGUUGUAGAUAUUCUCGCUGCUCUUACACAUGAGCAUGGAUUCUGGAAACCGGACAAGGGGUGAUGUCCCAUGAACCUCUAAGGAGCAACUCCUAGUCUGGAGGGAAUAUACAAAUGUAUUCAUGGCGUAUACUUUAUUUUGAAAGACUUUUUUUCUUGAGACAAGAUCUCAUAUAGCCCAGGAGGGUCUCAAGUUUGCUAUGCAGCUGAGGAUGACCUUGAACUCUUG